AUGAAACUUAUACGAGAAGAUAUACUUUCCAGAACUCAUGAAAAUAUGAAGGAAAUAGUUAGCGCUGGACAAGGAAAGGAGUAUUCUGUACAUUACGUCAAAAAUGCCUUCUGGGAAUUUCUAAAUCUGAAUAUUUAUGAAGCGUGCAUUCCUGACCGCCUUAAAUUGUUAAGUAAAGUAGGUCAACUAAAAGUAAUGACAGCAUCAUCAGACUAUAGUCAUAUUAUAAAGAUAGCGAUUUUUGCUUUGGAUGAAAUUUUCAGUGAAGAAAAUGAAAUAACUUGUAAAGAACUUUGUGAACUUUACACGAAGUUUAAUAAAAUGUAUACUAUGAGUAGACAAGAAUCAUAUACCGAAAAUGAACUGAAUAUCUUUGAAGAAGCAAUUAUUGAUUGGUGCAUCGAGUUUAAAAGAAUAUUCUUCCCAUUAUCUACUACAGAUUGCAGUUUUCUAAAGCUGCAUAGUUGGCGUUAUCAUGCAGUACCUGCCAUUGUCAAAUAUAGUGCACUGAAUGGCCUAUCAAUGGAGACUUACGAAACGCUCCAUAAAUUAUAUAUUAAAAUUCAAUAUCAAGCAACAAAUAAAAAACACGUAAAGCAUAAAGAAUUAACUCCAACUACCAGCGGUAUGAAAGUCAUUUAUCGUAAAACUAAAAGGUUUGGAAAAAUUCUUUGGGAAUUAAAUCUAGACUCUAUUGAUGAAAAAAUAAAAUCUUUAAAAAAAUCUGAAAAUCCAUCACAUCCAAAUUAUAUUGAAGGAUUAGCACAAAUAAUUACAGCGUUAGAUACUUUUUUAGACAUAUCCUCGCAAGAUUCAGAAAAUGAUUUUUUUAUCAAAAUUUAUGAUUCAGUUCAUCUAGAAAGUAGAGAAAUUCUAAGAUUAGUGGGUGAAUUCUAA